AACAAUGCAAUAUUGUAACGGAAAGAGCGCACUGCGCACCCUAACAAACCCUAGCCUCCCCUAUAUUAAACCACCACUAUCACCAUCACUCUUCAUUCAGUCUUGAAGCUUUUCUCAACUUCUGCAAUUCGAAAAUGGCCUCUGCUGAUGUUGAGUACAGAUGUUUCGUCGGAGGUCUUGCAUGGGCCACCUCCGACCAAUCACUUCAAGAAGCGUUUUCUAAGUACGGCGAGGUCGUCGAUUCGAAGAUUAUCAAUGAUCGUGAAACCGGAAGAUCAAGAGGGUUUGGAUUUGUGACGUUUAGAGACGAGCACUCGUUGAGAGAUGCGAUUGAAGGAAUGAACGGUCAGAGUCUCGAUGGACGUAACAUUACAGUCAACGAGGCUCAGUCUCGCAGUGGUGGUGGUGGUGGAGGUCGUCGUGAAGGUGGUGGUGGAUACGGUGGAGGUCGUCGUGAAGGUGGUGGUGGAUACGGUGGUAGCCGUGAUGGAGGUUAUGGAGGUGGUAGCCGUGACCGUGGAUAUGGAGGUGGUGAUUCCUACUCUAGGGGUGGUGGUGGUGGUAACUGGAAUUAGAUUAUUAUAGAUUAUUGGGACAUUGUUUGUUGUUCUAUGCUAUGCUGGUGUUAUUAGAUUAAGGGUGUUGGUGGUUUCUUUGUUUUUGACUUGUAGUUGGAUCUCGUAAUGCAAACUCUGAUUUUGAUCAGUGAACAUGGUGUUUCUGUUUCUCCCCAUAUUGAAUUGCAAUGCCACCAUUAGUUAUGUUUCU